AUAUUGCAAGCUGCACCGAAGAAAAAUCGCCGAUUCCAUCAAAUUGAACCCAUCAAUCAGGUCUAGAGUGGCACCCAUGUGGUGUCGGAACAUCCAAUAGACGUAUAUGAAGUCGAAAGGCAAGGCAAGCAACCAACAACAUAGAGUGCAGAGAGAGGUGAAUGUCGGCCUCCGAAAAUAACCACGCUCGCCGGGCGGCCAUCCACACCGCCGCCGCGAAUACAGUCGAGCGGCGUCGCGACGCCUCAACUGCCCCGAAACGGGAUCAGUGUUCGAAAUGACGGACGACUACACGCACCACGUACCGCGUACCAAGCGACGCUCCGCGUCGAUCUGCGCCGCGACUUCCACGAGCAUGGAGGCGAUCUCCCAGAGCGGCGGCACGCCGGACGCCGGUACGCCCCAGAGCCGGCGCCGGCGGCCCGCCGCCAGGUCCCAGAGCGCCCGGCUCACCAAUAACCGGUCCAUCAGGAGGAAGCAGGCCGUCGCCGCUUCGGCCUCCCCGAACCACGUGGACAAGAGUCACUGUAACAGCGAACCCAAGUUGGCGGAGCAGAACGCGACACCUGAUGUGUCGCCGAACAUCAGGCGGAAGGGUUCCAUGCGCAGGGGCACCUCUGUCUACCAGAGGAAGUCGACCGCGUUCUUGGACGUGCCCGACACCCGCGGAAGUGGCAGGAGCUCCAACACCGAGGAGGAGGACGAGGACUCUUACAGAUUGAGAUCGUUCAGUUUUACAUCAAAAGGAAUUGUGAACAGGGGCGACUCGUUCAGACGGAGGCGAUCGCGAAGCAACAGUCUAUGCCCGCCGCACAUUGGGGGCGGUACACCCUCGCCGGUGUUGGACGAGCCCAGCGAACAGAACUUGCCCGAAGUCACCAACUAUCAGGUGGCACUGCUAGGGGCGCCGGGAGUCGGGAAAACCGCUCUAAUCAGCCAGUUCAUGACUUCGGAAUGCAUAAACGCUUACGACAGACAAAAAGAUAUACUUGGAGCUCAAACUGUGUCGAUAAUGCUCAAUGGAGAAGAAUCGGAAUUGACGUUUCAAAACACAUCAUCGUUUAAGGAAAUCGAUAAAACUCAUCCCCCGGACGCCUUCGUUGUCCUGUAUUCAGUGGUGGACAAGGCCAGUUUCCUGAAAGCCGAAGCUGAACUGACCAGACUGCAGGACGCCGAUCUCCUCCGGUCCAGACCAGCGAUCCUGGUUGGCAAUAAAAUUGAUCUUGCCCGAAGCCGAGCAGUUUCCACCCAAGAUGGAAAAUGUUUGGCCUGCACCUUCCGAGCGAAGUUCAUUGAAAUCUCGGUGGGCAUCAACCACAACGUCGACGAAUUGCUAGUGGGAAUUUUGACUCAGAUCCGACUGAAAGUGUUAAAUUUCGAGGAUCGUGAUCAUCAGCAACAGUGGUACAAAAGUAGGGGUAUGGUGAAGGCCAGCAUGAAGGCCAGACAAAUGUUCACGUGGCUCUUCGGGAAAGAGGAUUCGAAGUUCAAGAACUGUGAAAAUCUGCAUAUCCUAUAGCGAAACUAGAUUUUUUUUAUAUGUAUAAUUAUACUAUAUUAUGUAUUUUAUAUUAGGUUCUAGAUAAUCGUAAAGAGAUUCGUAUAGGUUGGAGGCGAAUGGAUUUUUCUCUAUUUUGUUGCCGCCUGUGACGUAACUUUCGACCUGUUCAUUGUUGAAAAAUAUUCUUUUUACAUUUAACAAUUUGAAAGUAUUUGUUUAUAAUGACUGAUUUUUAAUAAAUAAAAAACAAAGAAAAAAAACAUAUAUUUUUAGAAAUUAUUCGUUGUUUAUGUGGAUUCAUCCUCAAAAAAGAAGGGCAAUAUCAUGAAACAUAUCAAAACAGUACAACCCAAAUAAUUGAAUUAAUUACUAUGCAACUUUUGUUUUUCAAACCACAACAUUCCCAUCCUUUUGUAUACAUGAUCUUAAAACCAUAUCGUAAACUAAUUUAUAUUUUGGUAAAGUUUGGUUUUAAGAUCAUCCAAUCUUUGCCACCUUAAAUGCUUCCACACAAAUGACUUAUGAAUUAUAUGUUUUAAAGUAAAACUAACUAUAUUUAUAGAUUUGUUAUAUAUUUAAAUUAGAAAUUAAUUUUAAGGCCUAUAAAAUAGUGAAUAGUGACUAAAACUUCAUGUCAAAAUUAAAUCCUUCCAUUCUACAAAUAUUUAUAUACGUGCUCUCUAUAAUCUAUAGAUAUUAUACCUACAUACUGAUAGUAACUCAUGACCAAAAAAGAAUAAACAAUAACUUAAUGUAAAGUAGAAAAAUAUUUUCUAUUCGCUACAUACUUGAUAUACAUAAAUAACCUUUUUACCGGAUUUAGUUUUGCUUAUUGGUUUAUAUAAAUGUAAGUGUUUAAUUAUAUUUUAUUUCUGUAGAAAUCAUAGUUUAGGCAAAAGUCUUCGGCAUCUUUUAAAGUCAUUUUUCUACAUCGACAUCUCUUUUCUCCUGUACUUUUGACAAUAAUUGUUGUAUGUUGUAUAAAUAAACGAUAUUUG